AUGGCAAUUCAUGUCUUUGACUGGAGACUGGAGGUUUUCGGCUCGAAUCCCGAUUUCUUAAGAGCAAUAAAACAGAGGAAUAUUUCAGUGCGGGCGGGCUUUCGUCCAAGUGUUCAACACCAACCCUCAGCACAUGUUCCCUCCUUCCAAGACAGCUCCCACAUGGCUGGACCCCGGCCUCCAAAUCAACCCCACAGCGAGUGCGCGAAUCAAAUCCUUCACCCCUGCUACCAGGAAUCUGUUAUCAGAAAAAGGAAGAAAGAGAUCCAGGCAAUAACGACACCCAUCACAACUCCGCGCACCGUUUAUCCCGCUAUGAGCGCCCACACCGAACCCAUCCCGCCCAGCGCAACCGAGCCGCACGGGUCCGGGCACGAGUCGUCGGACGAUGGCGAUGCGAUGCUCGCAGCCAUGGGCUACAAGGCCGAGCUGGGAGGCGGGCCAGUCGUCGUCGUCUGGGGUUGGCUGAUCGUCAGUCUUAUCAUCCUCUGCAUCGCCGCCUCGUUGGGCGAGAUCACGUCCGUCUACCCAACCGCCGGCGGCGUCUACUACCAGACCUUCAUGCUUGCGCCGGCCAACUUCAGAAGGAUUGCCGCCUACAUCUGCGGCUGGGCCUAUGUCGUUGGCAACAUUACCAUCACCCUGGCCGUGCAGUUCGGCACCACGCUCUUCUUCGUCGCCUGCGUCAAUGUCUUCGAGAAGGAGCCGGGCACCUUUGCUAUUUUUUGGACUUUCGCCGGUCUCCUAGCCAUCCUCAUCACCGUCCUAGCCGUUGCUAAGGAAGGUAGGCGCUCUGCUGAUUUCGCUCUUGGUGGCUUCGAGGUCACCUCCGGAUGGCCCGCGGGCUGGUCUUUCUGUGUCGGCCUGCUCCACGCUGCCUACGCCACCUCGUCGACAGGCAUGGUCAUCUCCAUGUGCGAAGAGGUUCAGCACCCGGCCACCCAAGUACCCAAGGCCAUGGUAAUCACCAUCGUCAUCAACACCAUCGGCGGGCUGCUAUUCCUCGUGCCUCUCAUGUUUGUGCUACCUGACCUUGCCAUGCUCGUCGCCCUCCCCUCAGGCCAGCCUGUGCCCACCAUCAUCAAGUCCGCUGUGGGCUCCUCAGGUGCCGCUAUUGCACUGCUGAUCCCUCUCAUGGUGCUCGCUAUCCUUUGCGGUGUCGCCUGCACCACGGCCGCCUCGCGCUGCACCUGGGCGUUUGCUCGUGAUGGCGCCAUCCCAGGCUCCAAGUGGUGGAAACAGGUGCACUCGAGCCUGGACCUACCCUUCAACGCUAUGAUGCUCUCUAUGGUCAUCCAGAUCGCGCUGGGUGCCAUCUACUUUGGCUCCUCCACAGCGUUCAAUGCCUUCUCGGGUGUUGGUGUCAUAUCCCUCACCGUGUCGUAUGCCGUUCCCAUUGCCGUCUCCAUGCUGGAGGGACGCGCUCACGUUCGGGGAGCCAAAUUCUCCCUGGGUAGGAUUGGCUGGUUUUGCAACAUUAUCGCCAUUGCCUGGUCGAUCCUCGCCGUCCCCCUAUUCUGCAUGCCAGCUUACCUACCUGUCACUGCUUCCAGCGUUAACUACGCCCCCGUCGUUUUUGUGGGCUUCGUUGUUAUUGCACUUGCGUGGUACGCCGCCUGGGGCCGCAAGAACUACCGCGGCCCGCCGACAGAGAGCCUCGGCGAAGAUCUCCCCAAUGGCGACUGCGUGACGCGGCAUCUCGCCGACAAGCAUGCCAUCCCAAAGCGGUCGCGCGACGGCCUCCACCUCUUGGUUCGCGCCCUAUGUCUUCCGGAUCCCAACACCCUACCUCUCCGCCCCGAUUGGUCGCCGGCCCAUCCGCAGCUGGCCAUUCGUACCGGCGUCGCCUGCCGGCACUGCGCCUACCGGACGACCAGCGUCGACCUCAUCACGCGGCACCUAGCGAAAGCCCACAAUCGCCGCCGCACCCAGGGGCAUAGGGGCUGGCUGCGCAACGAGGUCUUCGAGGAAGUUGCCCUGCAGAGUUGGACCCAGAACGGCGCCCGCGGGUACUGGAUCGCUACGCAGGACCCAUCCCCGGCCGAGCGACCAGAAGACGCUUCCUCCCGGUUGCGGAACCAGGCCACAACCGAGCAGAGGGCUGCCCUUGACGUGCUGCAUCAAGCCGAGCCGGAACACCUGGCCAGCCGUUCAGCUACCGCUCGCCAGACAGACGGCACGAGCCCACCUGAUCUAGCCCUACAGACGAACUGGAUGCGGCGGACUGGCUGGUUAGAGACCUUCCACGGGGCGAGGCGCGACGUUCUCGCCAGGCUCGCCCUGCCACCGUGCCAAGAAGGGGACGGCCUGCGACUUAGCGCGCCUGGAGACGAAACAACGAUCCGGAGCACCCGCGAGGACGAAGAUCGGUUAGGCCGCGUUGCGUCGGCGUUGCGCGGGCUUCAGAGCCGCUGUGAGGACACGGCGCGACACACCGACGUUUCGAUCCGGCUGUGGCUUCGGAGCACCGACCCGGUGCGUCCGCACAGGGCCCCCUUUAACCUAGUAGGCCGCCAGUCCACGGCCCAAUCGUACUGGAGGCUCUUUCUCAGGUUCUUGUGCUUCUCGUUCCGCCUCUGGCGUCUGCCAGAGGCUGCCCGGGCUUCUCUAUGCCGGAGGUUUUUGACGCAGACCCAGAGUAACGCCUUGGAAGCGGCUUGGUCCGCGCUCGGCGAACCACGGACCCAGGGCCGGCGGCGCGUGGACCGCGCAACUAGAGGAGCAGCCCAGCCGAGCGCGCCGGGGUCCGGCGGCGGGAGCGAGGAUGAGUGCUACGACAAUGCCCACGAUUCUGGGACAGAGACCGUGGACGCUACCGCCUUCUCAUGGCCAUCUCGCACGCGGCAGACGAGGCGAGCUGCUGCUGAUCACGACGACGUAAGCGCAUUCAAGGACAAGGACGAUGGCGAGGGCGAGGACGACACGACCAGCCAGGACGACUCUAGCGUAGACGGCGGAGAGAGCGAGGAUACCGAGUCUAGCUCAGAAGAUGGGGAUGACGCUGGAUCCGAUCCGUACUACCAGGACGCCCUGCUACAGCUCGCUAGGCUUCUGCUGACCGAGCCAUUCCGUGGCGGCCAAGCACGCUCUACCCUCCUCGUCUACUUCAGCGGCGUCGCGGGCCUCGGCGCAGACGGGUCUUCGUUCGAGAGACCCUCGCGGUACACAUCCAAGCUUUCCGCCCUGAUCUAUUGCGCGCGCCUCCUCCUUUUAGAGACCGUCCUCCCGCGCUUUCCCCACCACCACAUCCGGAUAGCAGCCCGGCCGCACCGGAAUCAGGUCGAGCGCCUGAAUAAAGUCCGGGUGCCAGCAUUCUGCCUGGGUUCCCAGGCCCCCGUCGGCGAGCUGCUCGGUCUUCGGAACUAUGGACGCAAGCUGGCACGGUCGGAUGGACCCGUCUUCCGUGUCCGAUGGAGCGAGGACGACCAGGUCUUGUCGUGGGACGAGGGCCGUAUCUCGAUGCAGCAGUUUCGGGCUCUCUCGCACGGCUUGCUCCGGUCCGUCGCGUCGUCGACGAGGCGCCUGAUGUACGACUUGCAGCCGCAGGUCGAUCUCCACGCCCUCCGGGACAAGAUGUCAGAUGUGGGAAAAGGCUACUCGUUCGUGACCGAGCCGACGAACCACCUGGUCGAUGCCUUCUUAGCCUUGUCGGAGCGUGCCUGCCUCUCCCCCGUGAAUGGUCUGAUCGGUAGGAACGGAUGGGACCAGCAGGCCGUCCGUCGCUAUAUCGAGCUGCACGACCAAGCGCUGAGCAUAUACGUCUACGACGGCUCCUUCUUCCUCGUAACCAAGCAUACCAAGGCCCGUUCGGUUACCAACCAAGAGUUCCAAGUCGCCCGCAUGCUGCCGGACGAAAUCGGCCGCCUCCUCUACCAGUACCUUGUGUAUAUCCGGCCGUUCACAUACAUGCUGCAACGGCGUUGCUACGGAAUCGACGUCGAGUCUCCGUUGCUGUUCUGCUCCCCACAGAGACCCGACAGGCUGUGGAAGACACACGUCCUUUCAGGGGCGCUGCGGCGGCUCACCGAAUCGACCGUCGGCCGAGCGUUUGGCACACAUGUAUAUCGGCAGCUCUCCAUUGCCGUUACCGAGAAGCACGUUCGGCAAAUCAGGAAUCCGUUUGACCGCCACAAUGAUCGAACGGGCAACACUGACAGUAGCGUAGCGUUCGCCUGGCAGAGCGGACAUCGGCCCUGGCAGAGAGCCUGCAUGUACGGGCCUGGACGGGGCCUUCCCCGACAGCCUCCAACCCGCCCUUCUGCAGCUUUACAAGUGGGUAUCUUUGGAAUGGCACCGAGUUCCUACAGCUCAGGGCAGCCGGAUCCGGCGCGCCAAAUCCCCGGAAUGGCGGCGCAGCCUCCUCGAGUUUCUCUACUGCCGAACGACUGCCCGCUUGACAUCCGUGAGCCGGCGUCCUCCGCGCCGCUUGUUCGGACCGUACAGCCUCGAACAGCUCCGAAUGGCCCGCAGCCAGAUCGUACCCUACCUGGCCAUCGAUCCGACCAAGCUGGCGAGGAAGGGCCUGAUGCGUUUCCCGUCUACAGACCGCCGAAGAGGCGGCGUUUAGAAGAAGGAGAAAAGCCUCUAAGGCCUCUAGCCCCCAGGGCCGAGAGUGCCCCCAAUUGUACGGUCCCCGACGAUCCUAGCGUACAGUCGGCUGGCUACACACAGGCCUUACAAUCCCGCUCAACAUCACCCAGGAAUGUGUCUCCAACAAGUAUAGGAACGGGGACGGAGACGGGAACAGGGACGGGAACGGAGACAGAAAUGCGAAUGGGGAUAGAAAUGCGGAUGGAGACAGAAACGCGGACGGUAACACAUAUCGUGCAGGACGGGGCCAGGGUCGUGGGCAUCGUUCGGCCACCUAUUCUAGCCCCUAUACGAGAGAAGGGCUUACGUAUAGUGCUGUUCGAUGAAUUCUUCAAACGAUUUCCUGCAUUCCGGAUAGCGGUUUGCCGCGAGCACUGUGGUGCGGUUACGGCGAAGUCGGUUGCGUCACAUGUCGAUUCGUACCACUCCCAUCUAGCUCCAGGGGAUCGGCGGCGCAUCGUGGAGGAGGGGUUGGCGCUGCAAGAUGACGGCUUGCUAGCCGCUAACAUAGACGGCAUCCGGUUCCCCAGCGAGGUGAUACCGGCAAUCGACGGAUUGCCCAUGUGGAGCGACGGCAAGAAGUGCAUACAGUGUGGGCAUAUCCGGCGUACGAGGCAAGACAUCCAGAGGCAUUGCCAGUCAGCGCAUGGUUGGAUCAACCCGAGAGGGCGUGGUAGGAAGCUUGGGGCAGGGCCGGUAGGUGGGUUAGGCGAGGUGUGGGUGGACGGUAUCCAUUGCCAGCGAUUCGGCCGGACGGGCGCGCUGCAGCGGUUGUUCGAGGUGGUGCCACCGGCGUCAGCAGGGGCGGUCGAUUCUAUGCAAGGUCGAGCCCGGGGCAAGGACUGGUCGAUGAGUACCCGAAAGGCCAAGGGGCAGCGGAGAAGAAAUAAUUAA